UAACAAGUCUCAGAGUUGCUUCUACUUGACGUUUCUGAGGCACCUUAUCAUCUGAGAAACACACACAUACACACACAGUUAUACAUAUCUUUAUACGUCACGCAGCUAAACGAUAGUGGUACUCGAUCGAUCUAACUAUCGUUCUAUCUAGUCAGUUGUUCUCAACUAGUUUAUUCGUCGGCGUCAUCAUCAUUCCAUGUUCUAUUGAAAUAUGGAUGGAAUUAAGUAAUUCGAAGUGAUUUUUUUUUCUCUGUUUGUUAGUUGUGGCCGUCGUCGAGGCCUCGUCGUUAUCAUUAAUUUUUAAUUUUGUCGCCUGUCAAUGUAUGUGUCUAGUAAGACACAACUGUACAAAUGGGGAUUGUAUUCAUAACCCACGAAGAUGUGAAGUCUGUCUCAAGACAGACACCAUGGAGGCUACUGGCUGGUGAUAAGCCAUGGAGGAUUCUAUCUCCAGCUAAAGAAGGGAACAAUAUGGGCUUUAGCCUGAACUUCCAUGAGAUGUAUCAAAAUCAAACCAACACCAUGCCUGAUGUUGUCGAUCACCAUGGAAACAAACAAGCUCUUACUUCUGGUUCUAACUUCCUAGAUUCCGAGAUGAAUAACUCCAUUGUCGGCACAAAAAAGUCAACUGGUGUGUGUGCCGAACCAGCCGCAAAUGUACCCAGCAAGCUGACCUGGAAAGAUCUGUCGCCAACCAAACAAAAAAAUCUGUCUCCACACAGUAGUAGUAGUAGUGGUGGUUCGUCAGGUGAGGAGAACCCAGCCAGUGGUGUAAUAUGGGGGGAAGACAGUGAAGUGAAUAAGAAUCAGCUGGUCACUUGGAAACAACUAUCUCCAACAAAGCUGUCACCUCCCAUUGACUAUGAGCCAGAUAGUGGAUAUUCAUCAAAUGAAGUAAAUCACAAAAUCAAAGGUACAACAGAACUCUGCAACUCAUACAUAAUGGCAACACAGCAGAAACCAAUGAAAACAAGUUCAGGAAGCACAAGUAAUGAGUCACCGGAAGACGCAUUAGAGUAUUUUUAUGAUGAGGAUUUCUCUGUUCAGUUUGAACCAAAUCUAAGUAAUCCACAGAUUAAUCUUGAUGAUAUAGGAAGAGAUGAGAUGUUUAUUUUGCCUCAAAUGCUGAAUGGUAGUUAUCUGAGCUUCGAAUCGUUAAAAUCCUCCUCUGACGCAACCCCCGCGCCCUUCGAGGAUCAAUGCGAAUUGGAGUUUUCUGAUAACCAAAAUUCAAUGGAAAUUUCAACUAGUGAGCGAGACAUGAUGUGCUCCAGUGAAAUGUUAGAACUUAGUAGUGAUCCAUUGUUCACCCCAACACCAACCAGCGAGGCACCUCCUUGUCAUCUUCUUAACGACAGUCUGGACCACGGGCACAAGUCCGGUGACCUUCAAAUUAGUAAAUCGUCAAUGGAUCCUAACCAGUCAGUUGAUGGCAAGCUGGUGAUAGACUGCUACCCUCGCAAAGAAAAUUACUGCUUAUCAUUUGUUGGGUCGCAGAGCAAGACGAGCAGUUCAGAAGCAGAAAUUUCAUUAACGCCUUUGAGAACACACGAGUCUGAUGAUAAUGAGAGUGGUGUUCAUCACUACUGUACCUCUUCUGGGGAAGGAGCGGAAGAUGUUUUUGCAAACAGCUUCCACUACUGCCGAGAUGGAGAAGUAUCAGCAAAAUGUCCACCUUUAUUAAGACUUCUACGAUCAGACACUACAGCAAAGACACGCUUCGUUGGGCAACUUACAUCACUACCUGAAACCAAUCAGGAGGCUGAAAACGAGUCUACUUCUUCGGGGAUGUCAGAAUGUAGUGGCCAAGGCCGUAUAAUAUCGCACAGCUUGCCAAGAAAUGGGUGCAGCAUGCAAACAUUUAGUUCCCUCAAAAAUAAAGUUGGCUCGCACUCUCGCCCCAAAACCAUGGUUUCAUGGAAGCAAAUCAAGACAAUGUAUCGUAAAGGGAAACAACUUUCUAAUCAAAACAGUGGUGGCAAAAGUUGCAGUAUGCCAGACUUGUGUCUUCGGACAUGGCAGAAAGUUGCUGCUGAGAAGAAAAAAGGGUUAGAAAGUAGCAAAGAAGAAGAAGAAGAAGAAGAAGAAGAAGAAGAGGACGAUGAGAAAGCUGAGAAUAAGCGUUACUCAGCAACAUUAGUGGAGCUAUACCAACGUAUGAAAGCAAUGGGAAAAGCAUCGUCUCCAGAUAUCCAUAUACCUGGGUGGUCUUUAAAUAGUAGCACAUCUAGUCGACCUGGUAGUGGUCAAUGGUCUGUGAACAGUGAUGAUAAAUUGUACAUCAAUGAUAUGAAAGGUGCAGAUGGUAUUCAUCUGGCUAUACAGUGUGAACAGACAGGUUGGGAGAAUUCAUCCCAUCUUGACCAUCAUCAUCACCACCACAUCAAUUCUGCUCACGAUGUUAAAGACUGCAUUGAUUGUAGAGAAGGGUUCAGUUCUUUUGAAUUGAGAUCAGCUUGUUGUCAGGUGCCCCUGAACCGAAAACGUACCCAAGCAACGGCUAUCUCUCCUCAAUCUGUCAAUGUAUGGUUGGGAACCAAGAACUUUUCUGCCCAGUUUCCACCUCUUACAAGAGACUGUGGAGUCCAAACGUCUUUCGAAGAUGAACGCUCCAUGGCAUCAGGUUUGAGGAGAAACUGUAAACAAACCUCUGAAGGAAGCUAUGAUAUACCAAAGUGUCAUUGCCACAUGAUGGCAAAAUCUGAAAGAACGAAAACCAGAGAAGCUUUUCACAUGUCCACCAGAAUAGCACGUGAAGUAUUUUAUUCACACAGGUCUUUGCCAGACUUAAGUUUUAUUACCCUUCCAAGUCCUUCUUUGCAAAGACUUCAGAGGCGCUCCACUGAUAAACCUGUUUUAAUUAAUCCUAGAAUACACCGACCAAAUACUAAUUCAAAUGCACCUCCAAAUACUAAUUUUAAGGAAACUCUAGAAGAACUCAAGAAACUCCAAAGACCAGAAGCUAUGCAUAUAUCAGGGCCUUUCUGUAGCCGACGUUCAGGCAUGUUUCGACCAAUUGGAGCAUGUCGUGGAGCUGAUUGGCACUCAAGUAGUAGUGGAUUUAGCACUAGUUCUACAUCUUCAGGAAUUGAUCCUGGUUGCUUUGACUAUUGGUAUGGCAGCUUUGGAAGCUUUCCCAGACUGCCAUGCUGUGCAGCGUUGUUGGAUACCAGAUAUGUCUACAACAGCGCUGGUUUUGAAACCUUCCCGCGUAUAGUACGCCAGCCCGAGGAGAAGACCCAAGCAAAGACGCGAGCAGUUGACCGCCGCUAUGAACGGUAUCAGUAUGAAAGCCACCCUGCACACAACCGUCAAAAGCCAUGGAAGAGAUGGAGUGCUAGUACUUCCUCAAACUCAAGUGGCAACUCGGCUCAAGCAGAAACUUUGUAUAGUGUUGCUGAAGAAAAGACACCUACUUCACCUGAGAAAUCCUUGGAGGGCAAAUUAGAAGAAAAUGAGGAAUAUGGUGACUGUAGGUUAGGAACAGAUGGUUACUAUGACAACCAGGUAUUUGAUGAGAAACAAGAAGGGCUAGAAGAUGCUGUCCAGUGUGUUCGCAUGCGAAAUACUGGUUUGACUUUAGCAGAAACUUAUUGUCCUGACAAACGGCCCCUAAAAUCCUGCCUGCGCAAACGUCAGCGAUCCCUAUCCGACCCUUACGCUAAGGCUCCCUGGACUGACAAUAUUAAAAAACACAACACUGCUGCUACUACACACCGACAUUCUUACGGCUGUGACCGAGACCAAAUGGCUGGUGCUGACGGACCCAUUGAUUACCCGAAAGACUUUGAUGCUGUUGCAGCAUCAUCCCCUGUGGAGGUAUUACCGUCGGGUGAUUGUGGAAGCGACAGCGUGUCAGCCAAUCCAACACGCGACGUGAUACUCAAUGAAACCAGUAACACAUCACUGAGCGAGAAGGAUAUGGCGCGUUCUAAGAAAAGCGUAAGCUUUGCUAGGGAGGUGUCGUUUCAUUCUCCUCCCUGCAGUCCCCAAGUCCCACCAAGGCGACAGUCUCUUGAGGGACGGCAGGUGCCCCAUAAUGGAUACAGUCUUACUAAGGAUUCAGUAUCAAGUCCAAACUGGAUGGGUGUCACAUCCAAUCAGCCAACUUUCCCGGUUCCUCGAGAUAUACAUAACCAAGACCAAAAUUCAGCUGAAGGAACCUUUGGCAAAGAUAAGGGGUCAGAAGACAGGGACCAACCCCCAACCCCACCUAGAUCAAUGGGCAAGAAAGAAUUGGAGAAGAAAUCUGCCAUGCUAGCAGAGGUAUCCAAAGCAGCAGAAGCUUUAGUUGAUCAUUUUUCCAAGAGCAAAGAUCCAUUUGAUAAGCUUCGUCUUGGCAGUUCUGUAGAAACUCCUGAAAUUGGAGAUUUGGUGCUAUCCCGAUUGUGCCCUGCUGUAGCUCAAGUGAUUAACAAUGGCCUGAAGUCAUAUGAAUCUGGUCUGCAUGUAUUUGGGAGAGUCCAUAUCACAGUGUGGAGAGUAGCAGAAGCAUCUGCAGAACCAGGCCCUUCUACCAGAGCAAUAUGUGACAUUGUGAAAGAGCUUAGGAACAGGCCAAAUCUGUCUUCGAACAAACACAGAUUUGAUGCUUUUAUCUUUGCACUGUUGAAUUCACGUCUAUUGGACUUCUGGCUAGGUUACCUGCGCCACAGAGACAAUGUCAUCUGCCACUUUUACAACAACAAUGCCUUGCUGCAACAGCAGCUCUACAUUAGCGAUCUGGGUGAUGCUUAUGAGGAAAUGCUUCUCUCUUUGCAGCCCUUAUCUGUUUUACCAUUCCAGCUCGAUCUUGACUUUGUCUGUGGCAGCGGUGGCCAGAAUCAAGCCAGUGGCGAAAUGACCCAGUCGCGGGAAGGUGGUGCCACUUUGUCAGAACCUUCUGCAGGAAGUUUGUCUGAGGAAUCAAUGAAGCUAAGCUCUCCUUCGGUUAGAUAUGAAGAGGCAUCUGAAGAGAAUGCUUUAGGUCAGUCAGCUGCAAAAGCCUGGAAAUGGUUGAGUAGCUCAACAGCUAAUGCCUUACCAAAAGCCAAGUCUGUUGUGGCCAAUGUUGCACAGAAGGUGUCACCUUCUAUUUCACGGCUGGGCACCUCACUUUCCAAAGCUACACUUGGGGACUCAUCAGAAUAUAAAGUCACAGAAGAUAUCCUCAAUAUGGACCAGCUAGCAGACUCUUUACCACUGUCUAAUGACGACACUGAGUCUGUAUCCAGUACAAGUAACUCCACACUGCUAGGAUCUAAUGUUGAAUCACCUUUAGAAGUAAAAUCAGUCACCGAAAUGGAAAGGAUUGAUGAAUCUAAAACAUCAACAUGCUCAAAGGACUCUAAAAAUACAGAUAAUGAGAAACAAAGUCAAAGCCUUUUAGAUGAGCUUUUCCCUGAUGCUAGUGAAACCAGUGAUCUUGAGCAAUCAACUUCACUAUCAGUCUCCAACAUAGCACAGAAGUUUCUGGGAAUCGGCACCAGCAAACGCAAACAACCAUACAGAAAAGAACUGACUGAGUACAGUUUUGACAGUGAACCAGAUUCUUCUAACUCAAUAAAAGAGUCCCACUCUGACACGAGCCUGAAGAAUGAAGAAAGUUCUAAAAAAGGAACAUCUUCAAACAAAGCAAGUGAAAGUUUAGUACAAGAAGUGUUAGAUAAAUACUGUGAAGCAAAUCCGUCAAAGUCUGAAACAAAUGAACUUAAAUCUGAUAACAAAAACAGCUUUAAUAACAGCUCUGGUCCUAAAUCCUCCAUGCCAAAACUAGAAAGUCAGCCAUCUGCUAAUUCAUUUGAUAUUAUCAAACUCUUUGAUAAGCUUCUGCUUCCAAAUAAAUCAAGUAAAACACCUGAAAGUAAAGCUAAUGUUGAAGGAGGAGCUGCAUAUAGAAAUACACCCACUAUAAGUGCUUUCAACCUAUUUCCAUGGGGACAGCCAAAUCCCACAUCUGAUGAUCUAAAGUCACCGAAUUCUAAACAAGAAAGGACUCACUCAAAUACCACUGAUAGGUCUUCUGAUCAGAAUCAAAAUGCAGCUGAAACCACAAAUAUCAAAGCUGAAAAUAAAGAAGUGAGCAAGACAGCAGAACCUGCCCCUGUUCUUGCUGAAAAUAAAAGUGGUAACAGUGCUGACCCCUUUGCAACUGGUUCCUCUGCAUUGUAUGAAUGGUGUGAUAUGGCUAAACCCCAGGACCCCAGUCAAGAUCCCUCAGAAGAUCACUGUGACCUGCCUUUAGAUUCUACCGCUUCGUUACCUUCUGACUCACCAGCUUCUCCUCAAGAUUACUUUAGAAUGCCAGACUACAGAUAUGUACGUACAUUGUACGCUAGCAGCCAUGAUUGUACUGCAGGGAUAGACGGAGUUUUAGACUUUGCAGCCGGAGAUGAACUUGAAGUGUUGGCGCAACUGGAUAAAUCUUGGCUCUUCUGUGCCAACGGCCACCUUGAGGGCAUCGUGCACAUCCAGUGGGUCAAGCCACUCGAUGACCAGUUAGUUUUUGAAACUCUUCACGACAAUUUCUACCGCUGAGAGUUGGAAUGAAAGAAAAGUAACAAAAUGAAAGAAAA